AUGGCCGCCUCGUCGUCGUCCGGCUCGUCCUUUACGUCCUCGUCUCUCGGCCGGCCGCCCACCUACAGCCGCUCCUACGUGAGCCCCGUCGACUCGACCUGGACGCAGACGUCAGAAAUCUCCACGAUAUCAGCCACGUCCACGGGCGACUCGGUCGCGCAGUCGGCCUCGCUGCGGCCUCUAGACCUGGGGCCCCCCGGCUAUUCUGCCACAAUGUACGAUCAGCUUCCCGCCAAAAUCCUUUUCCAAGACACUCCCGAAGAACGGACUGUGUAUCUAGGACCCUGGGAAGUGGUGGGGUCUGAACAGCGGCGUAUCCGCUGGCAGUGCAGUUACCAGAGCGAGCUGCUCGAGCACUUUUCAGUGUUGUUGCUCCAAGUAUAA